AUCGCUGAAAGUUUGGAAUUUAGCCCCGGCUGUCCAUGAGUUAUAUAAGUGCUCUGCACCUCAGGAACUCAUUACAGUAACACCCAAAGCAGAGUAGAUAGAAAUAUAGCGACACAGUUAGAAAAAGGCUGAGAGAGGACACUGAAAAGAAUAGGAGGAUAUUCCAGAGGACGUUUGUGUGGUGAUGGAAAAGGAGCAGCUGAGCUAUGAAGAAGCCAUUAGGAGGGCAGGUGAUGCUAUUCAUCGUUUUCCUCUAAUAGAUGUCCAGGGUGUCCCUCUCAUGAGCACCAUUGCUGAAACCUGGAAAUCAGUUUCAGAAUUCUGUCCUGACCCAUCAGACCUACUCAUCUCUACUUAUCCCAAAGCAGGAGAAGAUGCCACAAAACGCGUAUCCGCAUACAGUCAUGAGUUUCUGCUGGAUGUCGGCAGAACCACAGCUGCGGGAUCUCGGUCUGCUCCGGAAGCCUACACCAUCACCGACCCCCACUACUGCAUCUUGCCCACAGCGGAGUCGCCACAAGUGGCGUGAGAGGAAGCAGAAGAGGGGUAAGUGUGGAGGUAUCCGGGCUAGGCUAACAUUUUUGUGUUCACGGAACCAUGGUUCAGCAACAGUGUUCCAGACUGCGCUAUUCUUCUUGAUCAGUUGACAUGCUAUCGAGCGGACAGUGCUCUCGUCGCGGGAGGUAAAACCCACGGCGGCGGGCUUUGUGUUUACAUCAAUGAUGCGUGAUGCCGCGAUGCUGUUGUGGUCUGCAAACACUGCUUACCCAUGGUGGAGUUAUUAAUUGUGCCCAUUCUAUCUACUGAGGGAAUAUACAGCCAUACUGCACGUUGCUGUAUACAUCCCUCCCAGCUCCAACAACAACAACAGACGUGAGGCACUAAAUGAACUGUACCAGCACAUCAGUGAGCAGCAGACAGACAGCCCUCCCUGAUGCUUUUCUCAUGAUAGCUGGGGAUUUCAACCAUGCAGACUUAAAGGGUGUUCCCAAAAAUACACAAACACAUUAACUUUCCAACACGAGUUAAAAACAUUUUGGACUUUGUUAACACCACACAGAGAAGAGCAUACAAGGCCCUCCCCACAUCGGUGCCGCAGACCACAUCACUGUCAUGCUAAUGCCUGCAUACAGACCGCUCAUUAAAGUCACCAAACCAGUUCACAAGCAAAUUCAAGUGUGGCCGAAAGGGUCGUCAGAAGCUCUUCAAGACUGUUUUGACACCACUGACUGGAAUAUAUUUAAGCAGGGGCCACAUACAACAACACUACAGACCUCCAAGAGUACUCAGAGAUGGUCACUGCCGACAUCACCAAGCGUAUUGAUGAUGUAAUAGUCACAAAGACCAUCACUGUCAGGGCCAGCCAGAAGCCGUGGAUUAAAGGGGAGGUCUACAGACUCCUGAAGACGUGGAACACUGACUUUAGAGCUGGAGAUGAGGUGAGCCCGAGGACAGCUAGGGCCAUCCUAUCCCGCGGCAUCAGAGAGGCUAAGAGACAGUACUCCAGGAGGAUAGACCAUCGUUUCAGCGACAGCAGAGACACUCUGAGCCUGUGGCAGGGGAUACAGACCAUUACGGACUACAAACCCCCACCGCGGACAGCAACAACUCCCUGCUGAACGAGUAGAACACCUUCUUCGCUCCCUUUGAGGAACAAAACAGCACCACUGCACAGAAGACUUCACCUCCUCCCGGUGACCAGGUGAUGCCGCUGACCCCAGACAGCGUGAGGAGAUCCUUCAGCAGAAUC